AAAUAGAAAGAGAAAAAGGAGAAAAGUGCAUGAGUUCUGUGUGCAGAGCUGAAACAGGAGCUGACCAUGAAGACGCUGGGGUUUCUCCUCUGCCUGGUCCUGCUGACCUUCUGCACAGAAGCUAAUCCUGUGGUGAAGGAAAGCUUCGCUAAACAACUUCUCCGCAGUAAGAGACAGAAGCCUGGUUAUCCUGAUGAGCCCAUGAGGGAACACAUGUUGUACUUGCAGCAGUUGGAGCUGAGAGCUCGUGAGACAAACCUUGAAAAUUGGUUGAAUCCUCAUUGUGCUCCUCGCUGUAACCGUAACUAUGGUUACCCCAUCUAACCAUCCAACAUCCAUGAAGGAUGAAGCCAUGAAGAUAAAGAUGAUGAAGAUGACGCCGAGCUUUGACAAUGUAGGAAGUAAACAGGAAAUAAGAGACUUGCGAAGGAAAAAUGUGGCUGUUUAUCUUAUAAAGCAUCAGAUACUGAAAACAAUUCUGUCCUUCUGUAGAUGA